GUUCAGGCCAAAUCACAAUACAGUAGCAAGCUAGCAUCGACACCACAAAGCACCUCCUGCGCACCCAGCAGUUCAGAAAUAUCGUCUCAUGAAGCAAACAGACGUUGGUGGCGUUUGUUUGGUAUAGCAAGCUAGUUACGUCUGUAGCACUGAUAUAUUCAGUGUGGUUCGCGUAGAAGAAGAUUGAUUACUUGGAAGAAGAGAGAGUGAACGAGGAAAACAAACUGAGACCGUGGAGCAGGAGUCAGCUCGGCAGCAGGGAACCAAUCGGCUCGGGAUUGAUAUGGCAAUGUCCCUUAUUCAAGCCUGCCGCAGCCUGGCUCUGUCAACAUGGCUGCUCUCUUUCUGUUUUGUACAUUUGCUGUGCCUGGAUUUCACCGUCGCGGAGAAAGAGGAAUGGUACACCGCGUUUGUGAACAUUACCUACCUGGAUCCUGCGACUUCAGAGAUCAAAACAGAGAAGACCGAGUGCGGCCGCUAUGGCGAACAUUCACUGAAGCAGGAUGCCAAGGGGGUGGUGGUAAUGCCCUAUUUUUUGCACGACAGACAGGCUUGCGAUCCGAACACUAAAUUUGCGAUCCCCGCUAAUGCUAGCUUGUGGGUAGCUUUGAUAGCAAAGGGGAACUGCACUUACAGAGACAAAAUUCGCCAUGCCGCAAGCCAAAACGCUUCUGCGGUUGUCAUAUUUAACGUGGGCUCCAGCAAUGCCAACGAAACUAUCACAAUGCCCCAUCAAGGUGCCGGGGACAUUGUGGCCAUCAUGAUCCCAGAGCCCAAGGGCCGGGAGAUUGUGGCCCUGUUGGAGCGCAACGUUACCGUGACGAUGUACAUCACCAUCGGCACGCGCAACCUGCAGAAGUACGUGAGCCGCACCUCGGUGGUCUUCGUCUCCAUCUCCUUCAUCGUGCUGAUGAUCAUCUCGCUGGCCUGGCUGGUCUUCUACUACAUCCAGAGGUUCCGCUACGCUAACGCCCGCGACAGGAACCAGAGGCGUCUUGGAGACGCUGCCAAGAAAGCCAUCAGCAAACUGCAGGUUCGGACCAUCAGGAAAGGAGACAAGGAAACCGAGUCUGAUUUUGACAACUGCGCCGUGUGCAUCGAAGGCUACAAGCCCAACGACGUGGUGAGGAUCCUGCCCUGCAGACACCUCUUCCACAAAAUCUGCGUGGACCCUUGGCUGCUGGACCACCGGACCUGUCCCAUGUGCAAGAUGAACAUCCUGAAGGCGCUGGGCAUCCCUCCCAACGCAGACUGCAUGGACGACAUCCCGCCGGACUAUGAGGAGUCCAUCGUGGGCCCGCCCACCAACGCGGUGACGGGCGCCAGUGACAUCACCGUGAACGAGAGCUCGCUGGUGCUGGACUCCGCCCUGCGCCUGGUGGCGCUCCCCCAGGUCUUCCCCGACCCCGACACCCUGGCCCAGGGAGGAGAGACAUUAUUCAGCACCAACGUACCCCAGCCCAUGGCGAGCAGCGAGUCCAGCAGCACCUCCCUCAUCCUGCCGGUGGAGGUGGGCCUGUCCGACGUGGAGCUGUCCUCGGACCACGCCCAGGAGGAGGUGAAGUCCUGAGCAGGGCGGGGCGGGGCGGGGCAGGGCGGGGUGGGGCAGGACAUCUCCCCGCCCGCCCGCCUGUCCGCCCGUGAGCGGGAGCGGGGUGGUGUACGUUACAGCAGAGCAGAGCGGUGUACUCCGCACAGGAACAGCAAUAGAAACAUGGCGCUAUAUUACCCUCCAUCAUGACCUCCGCUGCAGUCAGACCCCCGCUCUGUCCUCCACGGGGCUGCAGUGUGUCUCUCCUCCUCCACGCCCCGCCCCAUUCCCCCUCGUUCCCGAGCGCUCCUCCCCCGGCCACACGCCGCUGCUCAGGAGAGAAGCGGCUCAUCUGGGCCUCGAGGAGGAGCCGCAGCUCAGACUUCUGGGUGUCGUUGUUUAAAUCCCCUAGAAGGCAUGGAAGUGUAACCGCUUCAAUCGCUACGUCCCAAACGCCACUGCCAAAAUGUUCCAGUAUGAAACUCUAAUCUUUCUGUACACAGUGUUUGCUUUGAGUGCCUGUGUGAACCAGCAUCAGAAGAUCCCAGCUUUAGGGUCCCAGAGCGCUCCUGCAGGAGCCCCACUCUUUCACCGGCGCUUUGUACACUUUGAGCUUUUUCUUUACACGACUGUCCAAGAAUCCCUCAACCUCUGCUAAACAGUCUGCUUUCCUGUACAUUUCUGUUUCCCAUCAAAGAUACCAGGGAAUCCAAGUUAAAGUGCACCUUGUGAGCUAUAA